UUUUUUUUCAACUUCAUCAUCCGAUUCAUUAUGGCUGCACAUGCAUCAUUGUCCAAGGAUCAGCAGGUUCCACAGGACCAGAUUGUCCAUCACGAGAUCGUUGACGACGACGAUGAUGGCUGGCAAGUCGUCUCAUCUACGGCCACUAAGGAUAAGCAAUCAUCAUCCAUCCCUUCAUCAUCUUUGUCCGGACAAUCUGUAUUAACAUCAGAUGACACAGUGGCAAGCACGCCAUCCUCUUCAGCAACUGCAGCAACUCCAAUGACAGCAACAAUCGCAACCACUCAGCAACCGUCUGUAGAAGCACCUGAAAAGACUUCGAAAAAGAAAAAGAAGCAGAUCUUUGGUACAGAUGAAUUCCAACCUGUGGUUUCCAAAAAGCAGCUGGCUCGUGCCAACAAGGUACCUACCAAGAAGCCUAAUGCCUCGAUCGGUGUGGCUACUUCAAGUUACUUUGAUCUUUUGCAGGACACAGAGAAUGCAGAGGAUGUUGAUAUGAUCCUUGAAAGGAUCACGAUGGAAGAAGAAGAGGAACGGAUUCGUCGGGAAGAAGAGUUGAGGGAGCAGGCGAAAGCAGAAGCAACAGCAGCAGCAAUAGAAGCAGCAAAGCAAGCUGAACUGGAGAGAGAACAAGAAGAACAUACUUGGUUAUUGAAGGAGCAGCAGGAACGCUUAGAACAAGAGCGCUUGGAACAGGACCGUUUAGAGCAGCAACGAUUGGAAGAGCAAAUCGAGUGCGAGAAGCAGGAGCUGGAAGCAAAAGAGUCAUUGGAAAGGGCUGAGAAAGAAGCUGCUGCCGCUGCCGCUGCUUCGCAAAAACAAAAGAAGGAAGACAAAAAGAAGAAGGAGAGAGAGGCUAAAGAGAAGGAGAGGGAGACUAAAGAGAAGGAAGAGGCUCGUCUGCAAGCAUUGAGACAGCAGCAGAUCGAACAGGAGCAGAAGGAGCAAGCUGAAAAGACAGCAAGAGAGGCACAAGAAACAGCGAACAGGGCUUCAAAUAUGAUAGAGGAAGGGAGCUUGGAAGAGCCAGAACACCAGCCUCAGCGGACGGAAUCUGAAGAUUCGUGGCAGGUUGAAGGCGAUGAGGAUGACGAAUGGCAGGAGCAGUCAAAAUCGAAGAAGAGCCGCAAGACUCGUGCUGCACAGCAAGCCUCAUCUUCAGGUGCACUUGGUAUUCAGUCCAAGAUGUCGAUCUAUGUUCUUCAACAGGAUGAAACUCUAGAUCAAGAGAGUGACGGAGAAAAUGGGUCAGAAGCUUCCUCUGAACAGGAACAGGAACAACGUGCUGCUGUUGUUACUACCAAACCCAAAUCAACAAAAAGUGGAGCCGCCAAGAAGAACAAGAAGAAGGCAAAUAGCAACUCUGCGUCUGCAGCCAACUCACCACGCUUGGAAGGCAAGAAGUCUAAGAAGACUGCCGCCACUAUCGCAGCUGUGGCAUCGGCACCUGCUGCUGUUGCUGCCAUGACUGAGCCCGAGCCCGAGCCAUCAUUGUCCUCAACGGAAGCGGCGACACCCAAGUUGAGCAAGCGCAAAGCUAAAAAAGCAUCCGCCACUGUUGCAACCUCUACCACAGCCGCCGCUCCUGGUAUUGGGUCAUCAGCAGCCUCAUCUAUACCCGCCAAGGCAGCAGACAAGAUUGAGGAGGUUAUCAACAAGGGGUCCAAAUCCUCAGCCUCUGUUAUGGUCCAAAAAGAUGGUCCCUCCGAUAUGGUUGGAGGGGUGUUUUCAUCUAUUUUUGAAAAGGGCGUUAAUCCUGGAUUGAUCAAAGCUUUGAAUGUGAUCUUUGUGUUGUUGUUCUUGUCCUUGGGCUUCUUAGUCUUUGCAUCUGGUGGCAAUGGACAUGUCAUUGCUCUCACAGGCGUUGCUGUGGCUUUGUUUGUAGCUGUACAAUGGUUCCUCCGCGAAAUGGAGACCAUGAGGAUCGAAGAGCGCAAGAAUAUGUGAAGGGGCUUGAAGCAUACGAGGUCCCAAUCGCUUGCUAUAUAUUAGAGACCAGGAAUUAUUAGAUUAAGGAUUUUUUUUUUUGAAAAGGGUUAAUGGCAAAAU